GGCUCCUGGACGCCUGCUUCUCCCCCACCCCCCCACCCCCCGACGCCUGGGUCCCCUCGAGAGGGGGGUGGGGGUGCCGGGGGUGGGGAGGGGGAGCCGGGACGCCCGGGUCCCUGGGGCUGCCGGGGGCGGGGGGGGGGAAACUCCCGGACGCCUGCUUCUCCCCACCCCCCCCCACCCCCCGACGCCUGGGCCCCCACCCCGGACGCCUGGGUCCCCUCGAGAGGGGUUGGGGGUGCUGGAGGUGGGGCGGGGGUGCCGGGGGUGGGGAGGGGGUGCCGGGGGUGGGGAGGGAGAGCAGGGACGCCCGGGUCCCUGGGGCUGCCGGGGGAUGGGGGUGGGGGGAGGCUUCCGGACGCCUGGGUCUCCCCCCACCCCCCGACGCCUGGGUCCCCACCCCGGACGCCUGGGUCCCCUCGAGAGGGGUUGGGGGUGCUGGAGGUGGGGCGGGGGAGCCGGGACGCCCGGGUCCCUGAGGGUGCUGGGGAAGGGUGGGGGGGAGGCCCCCGGACGCCUGGGUCCCACCCCGGACGCCUGGGUCCCCCCUGGACGCCUGGGUCCCCCGUUCCCCCCCCCCCCCGGCUGCCCGGGUCCCGCUGAGCCCGGGCGCCGCUUUCACUUUCGGCGGCGGCUCCGCUGCGGUACCGGGGGGGUCCUGGGGGGGUCCCGGGUCCCCACUCAACCCCCCACCCUUCGGCCGGCCCCACCCCAGCUCGGCCCCGCCAUGGACCCGGCCCCCGGCUCCUUUCUGGUCCCCCUCCUGCUCCUCCUGGACGUGUCCUGCCCCAGCGGCUGCUGCUCCUUCGAGUUCAAUCCCAUCAGCAGCACCUUCAGAUCCCACGUGGAUGAUCUGAGCUCCUGGCUGAUCCUGGACUACCCCGUGGCGAUGCCCAGCAACCUGGAGAUGGACAGCCACUGCUCUGACCUCUGGGGGCUGCACUUCGUGGCGGCGGCGCUGAGGCGCAUGGCGGGGGUGGCGGGGGUGGCGCUGGCCCCCCAGCUCCAGGCUGUUGCCACCCACAUCACCUUCGUGACUGAGUGCCACAUCCACGACCCUCAGGACUGCGUCCGGCUGGAGACGGUGAACGUAUCACAGCUGCUGGGAUCCCUCGUGCAGCACCUGGGGGGGCUGCAGGGGCGCCCCCUCCACUUCCCUGGCUGCGCCCGCCUGCGCUGCCGCCCAGGCCCCCCGCUGACCACCCCUGCGGGGCAGCACGAGGGGACCCUGGGGUCCAGGCUGGGCCCCCCUGGCAUCCACGGGCCAGUGCUGCUGGGGGGGCUCGGGGGGGCCCUGGCCCUGGCGGCGGUGGCCUGGGUCCUGUGGAGGCGGCCCUGUGCCCAGCCCUUGCAGGAGACACCGGUAUCAGAGCAGGAUGGGACCUGAGCGGCCAAGCAGGGAGCCAGGGAGGGACUCAGGCUGGCCUGAGGCGCCGGUGCGGCAGGAUCGCGGCUGCGGGAGAGAUGGCGACCCCCCGGAUCAGCCCUGGAGGCACGGAGGGACCCUGGGGGCCACAGGGGGGCCCCUCUGGGCGUUGUCGCAGGGCCCC